AUGACCUGGGACCAAAGCCAACAUCGUGCAAUCUUGGAGUAUGAGCGGGACAUCAAUUUGGACCAGCAAGUGGAGAAGGAUGAUAAUGAGUGGACUGAGAAGCUCCUUGCAGCCGAGCAGGCUUCUCCAGAAUUUGAGGGCACCAUCACAAUUGACCUGUUGAUGCCAGCUGCAAAGGAUAUGGAUGACAGGGCUACAGUAGGAAUCGCAGCAAAUAUGGCAGCACUAUUGGAGAACAUGAAAGCGGAUGUCAACGACCUUUGCUCAGAAUUAGAGACUGCGGCAGAAAAACUGGCUCAAGCUAAGGAUGCGGAGGCUGCCAAGGAUGCUCUUAUCCUUGAAUUGGAGGCCAAAAUGGCAGAACAAGCAUCGGUCACAGGCAAGCACCGUUCGUCAAGCCCCUCCUCCAGCAAGGCAACAUCAUCGGCUGACAGUGGGGGUGGCCCCCCCGGCGGGGUGGUCCCUAACCACCAACGGUCCUGUCACGCAAGGUUGCGGCGUUUGACGGAAGGCCGAGGUCAAAAUCUACGCAACCAACACACAUCCAGCCAGGUGGCCCACUCCUUGCUGGAUGCUUAUUUAAACUCUCUCCCUCCCGGUAACCUACUUCGGCGAUGA